GGAGCAUGUAUAAAUAGCCGCUGGAACGGGGCUCAGCCAAACAGGGGUUUGCAGCUGCAGCAGCUCUGCAGGCAGGCUUGUCCACUGGCAGCCUCAGCCACGGCGGUUGCACCCUGGGCACCGGGCUGGGUGGUGAGCAGGCACGGCCCCUGAGGGCCCUGACCGCAUCCCCUCCCCAUCAUCACCUCUCUGGAUGCCCUCCUGGCCAGCCAUGCUACCGGGCAGCCUCCUCCUCAUGGUGGCCACCACAACUUUGGCCCAGCAGACGGGCCAGGAAGCAGGUGGGUGUCGCCAGACACACCAGGUCCAGCACGGCCAGUGCAGCUACACCUUCGUGCUGCCUGAGCCCAAGCCAUGCACUCCGGAGCACGAGCCCUUAAGGGGCUCCAACAGCCUCCAGAGGGAUUUACCGGCUGCCGAACGGCACCUGGGGCAGUGGCGGAGUCAACGGGUGCGGCAGCUGGAGAAGUUACUGGAGAAUAACACCCAGUGGCUGCAGAAGCUAGAGAAGUACAUCCGGAUGAACUUGAGGUCGGAGCUGGCACAGGCCCAGCAGCACAUGGUCCAGAAUCAGACGGCCACCAUGCUUGAGCUGGGCACCAGCCUCUUGAACCAGACCACCGCCCAGACCCGAAAGCUGACCGAUGUGGAGGCCCAGUUCUUGAACCAGACAUCACGCAUGGAGAUCCAGCUGCUGGAGACCUCACUGUCCACCAACAAGAUGGAGAAGCAGCUGCUGCUGCAGGGACAUAAGCUCCACCAGCUGCAGGGCCGCAACAGCGCGCUGGAGACGCGGAUGCAGGCCCUGGAGACUCAGCAAGAGGCCGAGCUAGCCAACCUCCGCGACCAGAAGGAGCAGCUGCGGCGUCUGCUGGGCCGCCAGAGCGGCGCCCUCGCCGGCCUAGAGCGCAGCCUGCGCGCCGCCAGCAGCAACUCCAGUCUCCUGCAGAGCCAGCAGCGCCAGCUCCUGGAGUCAGUGCAGCGCCUGGUGCACUUCGUCGCCCAGGGCCAGGUUCCCAUGGCAGCCGCCAUAACAGCAGCAAAGAAGGUGUUCCAGGACUGUGCCGAGAUCCAGCGCUUCGGGGCCAAUGCCAGUGGCAUCUACACCAUCCACGUGGCCAAUGUGAUGGAGCCCAGGAAGGUGUUCUGUGACAUGGAGGCCAAUGGAGGCGGGUGGACCCUUAUCCAACGCCGUAAGGAUGGCCAUAUGAAUUUCCAUCGGAACUGGAAGGACUACAAACAGGGCUUCGGCGACCCAACCGGAGAGCACUGGCUGGGCAAUGAGGUGGUGCACCAGCUCACCAGCGGGGCGGACUACUCUCUGCGCGUGGAGCUACAAGACUGGGAAGGCAACGAGGCCUAUGCCCAGUAUGAGAAUUUUCAGCUGGGCAGCGAGGGGCAGCUGUACAGGCUUUCCCUGAGCGGGUACAGUGGUUCAGCAGGGCUCCAGAGCAGCCUGGUCCUGCAGGGCACCAACUUCAGCACCUACGAUGCGGACAACGACAACUGCCUCUGCAAGUGCGCCCAGUUGCUCUCUGGAGGGUGGUGGUUUGACGCCUGCGGCCUCUCCAAUCUCAAUGGCAUCUACUACCCAGACCACAACCACAUGCGCAAGCUCAACGGCAUCCGCUGGCACUACUUCCAGGGUCCCAGCUACUCACUGCGAGCCACGCGCAUGAUGGUGCGGCCCUCAAGCAUCUAGCGAGCAGCGCGCUGGAGGCUGGACAGCAGAAGAGGAGCAGAACUGGUGUCCACUGGGCCACUGGACCCAAACACGGGACACAGUACCAGGGUCUUGUCCUGGACACCCUGGGCCUCCUGAGCCAGCCCUCCUUGCCCAGAAGUCCAGAAGAGUCACUUGCCACCCAUUCUCCUCAAGUUGUGAAAUGAUGGGGAUCUGGGGGUGCCCACCUCUGCAGCACCCCUCAUCCCUCCUGCCUCCCACCAGCAUGAGGGUCACAACACUCUGAGUGAGCUCAGAACAGACUAAACUCGGUGCCUCGAAUGGAUGUGUGACUAAUGGUGGAAUUUCAGGCAGGUGGAUAUUGCAGACAGGAAGCUGCCCAGAUGGAGGCCCAGAUUCUGUCCCUGGGGUUAGUGGGGAGCCCAUCUCCCGCUCCAAGUCUGCAGUGAGUUUUCCGAGCCUUGAGAUGUCCUUGAACUUUCUUUUCAAGGCUGAAGAGGCUGCAUUCAUCCCCAGUGGGAAUCAGGAUCCCUCUCCCCAACUCCACACUUCCCCUUAAGUUCCAGCAUCUGGAGCUCAGACCUGGUCUCAGGGGCUUCAAGAGAUCCAAGAGGGCUUCCUCCAGCCCUGCCUGUUCUAGAGUGUUCCACAGGGGGUGACUAGGGCACUGCACUAAGGCUCCCCCUAAAAAUACCUGUAGUCAAGUGAGAGAGGGAAACAGCACAUUAAACCAAAGUGAACAGGCAUUUUUAGCUGUGGGACUUAUCAGAGCCUUUAGUGGGGUCAUGAGUAUUGCAACUGUCCACAAAGGGGCUUAAGCGGGCAACUCUCCCCAAGCAUACUUAUCUGAAAAUCUGGUCCUGGAGCAUCUCUUGGGGCUGUGUAUGCUCUUGGAAAAGCUGGUCCUCUCAUGUCAUAAGGAGGAGCCCCAGGGCACCAUCCCCUACCCCCAGCUAUGCUCACCCUUUCUGGCUACAGGGGCCACAGUGAUAGCCUCUGAAAACAACUGGAAAGAACCUUUGUGUUAAAACAGACACACAUCAUCCCUGAGGCAAGGUCUAAGACUCAGUUUCCCUGUUUAUGCUAUGCGCCGAUGUCCUCCAAGGCUCCUUCCACCCCAGGAAGUCAGAUCUCUGCCCCUGGGCUGCCCUCAGAACUCCUUGUAACUCAGCUCACCCAGGCUCAGCUGGGGACUGUCCACCCUGCCUUGGGCAGAACAAUGAUCCCAGGGUCCAGAUCCUUCUUGCCUCCAAGCUAGAACUUCUCGCCCCCUUCCCUGCCUCAUCCAACAGCAAAUGCUGUGUCUAGGGGUCCACAGACCCUGUGUGUGGGAGACCAGGGCUCCUCAGAACUUCUUUCAGAAGCCCUAGUCAGAGAGGAGCCACCGCCACUCUACCACCCACCUCCCACCACCAUGUCACCCUCCUCAGCCCU